AUGGCUGCCAAACGCAACAGACUCGGCAAAAAGCAGCGCCUGGCGCGACAAGAGAAACGCCGUCAGGACGAGGCCGCAGCCGCCAACGCCACCGCCGUCGACUCCGCCACGAAGGUCUACUGGCCGCACGGCAAGAACGAAGGCCCUUCCGCGCCCGCCGAGGCCCCUUCUGCCGCCCAGAACAGUCAGACCAGCAAACAGACCGCCGGAAAGACGAACAACGAGACCCACGACCGCAAGACGAUCGCGCGCAUCGAGAAGCCCAAGCGAAAGCCGCGCCCCAAGAAGACCUCGCGCGCAGAGUUCAGCGACCUCCAGCGUCGCGUUAAGCUCAUGGAGCUCCACAUCCACGACAUCGCGGACUCUUUCCUCAAGCACCACGGCGCCGGACAGCUUGCCUUGGAUAACGUGCGCCGGCUCAUCACGAGCUUCAACGCGGCUCUCGCCCUGGGAUCCGAGAUGAGUGCCAAGACCGAUCUUGCCCUGGCCAAGGCUGAGACUGUGGCUAGCGAGCUUGCCGAUAUCAAGGCAGAGACCGCAGCCGUCCGUGCCGAAACCGCUUCUGUUCAAGCCGAUACCGCGAAGCAAGACGGGAAGGUGGACAGACUGCAGGAGGCUUUGGGAGAGAUGCGCGGCGCGAUCAGUGAGCUUUCGCGUCUCGGAGAAGAGACUUCUUUGAGCUUGGCAAAGGCGCAGCUUGACUUGAAGGGAAUGGGGAAGAAGGAACAACAGACAAACCGCACGCUUGAGGAGGAUCAGAAAGCUACGAUUGAGAUGCAGCGCAAGUUGGAGACCGACAUGUAUGCCAUGAAGGCCCAGAUGGAUGCCCUCCAGCAGCAAGUCGAGAGUAUGCAGAAGACGGAUGAAACGAAGGUUGAAAAGGGCCAGGGAGGCUGGAAGGGACGUCUUCGGUCCCGAGGAAACAAGUAG